UUCUUCUUUACUCGCUUCAUUUCUUGCUUUCGAUUCCAGUUCCCAUUCCAAUCUGCCCCUCCGAAUCUCCACCGCGAUGGCCUCCGCCUCCUCCGCCGCCGCAGGUGCCGGAGUUCUCCUACUCCUCGCAUCCUUCCUUGUCCCGGCCGCCGACGCGGCCGGGAUCGGCUUCGAGUUCCACCACCGGUUCUCCGACCGCGUGCGCGAGUGGGCGGAGGCACGCGCAGUUCCGGGCGUGUGGUGGCCCGAGAAGGACACCGUCGAGUACUACGAUGCCCUUGCGGACCACGACCGCGCUCUCCGCGGCCGCUCCCUGGCCUCGGGAGACGGCUCCGUGCUCAGCUUCGCUGAUAGCAACGCCACCCUAAGAAUCAGCUCGCUCGGAUUCUUACAUUAUGCCUUUGUUGAGCUGGGUACGCCGAAUUUGACGUUCUUUGUCGCCUUGGACACUGGGAGCGAUCUAUUCUGGGUUCCUUGCGACUGCCGGCAGUGCUCCUCGGUCACUUUACAGAAUGGUGAAUUUAACACAUAUAGUUCUAGUAAUUCAUCAACGAGCCAGAAGGUCUUCUGCAACAACACUUUAUGUGAUCAGCCAAAUGCAUGCACUUCAGCAACAAACAGUUGCCCUUAUCAAGUUGACUAUUUGUCUGCAAAUACUUCAUCUUCUGGGGUUUUAGUAGAGGAUACUUUAUAUUUGAUGACGGAGGGUCCAAGCCCUCAAGUUGUUGAAGCACCAAUUGUGUUCGGAUGUGGAAAUAAUCAGACUGGUUCAUUUCUAGAUGGUGCAGCUCCCAAUGGUUUGUUUGGCCUUGGUUUGGAUAGGAUUUCUGUCCCUAGCAUUUUAGCAAGUAGGGGAUUCACUUCAGAUUCCUUUUCAAUGUGUUUUGGAUCUCGUGGAAUUGGAAGAAUCAAUUUUGGAGACAAAGGCAGCUCAGAUCAACAAGAAACUCCGCUAGUUAUGAACAGCAGACAUCCAACAUACAUAAUCAACAUAACUGAAAUUUUUGUUGGGACUACCUCAAUUAACAUUGGGUUUCCUGCAAUUGUGGAUUCGGGUACCUCUUUCACAUCCUUGUCUGAUCCAAUGUACACAUUGAUCACUCAAAGUUUCAAUGCUCAAGUACAGGAAAGACGUAUAAAUGUCGCUUCAAAUUUUACUUUUGAAUAUUGUUAUGAACUUAACACGACACAGACUUCGAUUUUCUUACCUGAAAUAAAUUUCACAACAAAUGGGGGAAGCGUCUUUGCUAUAAAUCAUCCAAUCAUUUUGCUUCGAUCACAGACUAUGGUUGCAUAUUGCCUAGCUAUUGUGAAUCUCGACGGGAUCAAUAUAUUUGGACAAAACUUCUUGACUGGUCUUCAUGUCGUCUUCGAUAGAGAAAGGCGCAUCUUGGGGUGGAAGAAUAGUGACUGCUUCACAGAGAACACUAGUACCCUGGCUUCUUCUCCUGCACCUGUCCAAGUUCAUGCUCCAGCUUCUUCUUCUUCUUCGGGUGGUUUCACUCAGGAAGCAACGAACUCUGGGGGAAACAGUUCUCAAGUUCCUACAAGUUCUUCGAGUGACUCAUUGCACUUGAAGACCAUGUCGAGUUUUAGCACGGCGAUUCUAAUGCUCUCUUUGGCUUUCGUCUGGCAAUCCUUCUUAGGAAACACUACACCUUAGCUUCAUCCAAAGCUUGACCACACAUAGGCUACACAGGAAAAGCUUGAUCAUUAUAUAUAUAUAUAUAUAUAUAUUUCUUCCCUACUGAAUUUUACAUUCUUUUGGGUUAUUGAUGUAUAAUCAAAGCUUGACCACACAUAGGCUACACAGGAAAAGCUUGAUCAUUAUAUUUAUAUAUAUUUCUUCCCUACCGAAUUUUACAUUCUUUUGGGUUAUUGAUGUAUAAUUUGCAAUCCCUGGUAUAGAUUGUAAUUGAUUGUGUUGAAUAACUAGAAAUAAGUAUAGUGGAGCAAAUUUCAAACCA